CGUCGUAGUACUCAGCAUGUGGGCCCUAGUAGCGGCGAUACACGCUGGAUAAUCGAGCCGCGACGGAAGCAACACGAAUUCGGAAGAAAAAUGAGGACGAAGAGAUGACUCGCAGUUCUACUCCCGCCUACUGGCCCAAGUGACUGGAUCGAACGAACGAGUCGAUUCACUCUCGUUUCGCUCCAUGGCCGACGAGAGCUCCUCCAUCGUCAUCGACCCGUCUUCGUACGACCUCAUCGUCGUCGGCACCGGCUUGCCGGAAUCCGUACUCGCUGCGGCCGCCGCCUCCGCCGGAAAAUCCGUCCUCCACCUCGACCCCAACUCCUUCUACGCCUCCCACUUCGCCUCUCUUCCUCUCUCUGCCUUUUCCUCUUUCCUCCUUUCCCAACUGAAUAUUCCCUCCGAACAUUCCCAAUCCUCCCAUAGCGAUUCCGCCACUGUGGCAGACCUCAUCCCCCGCUCUCUCUACUCCCACGUUGACUUCUCCUAUCACUCCCUCCAACAACCUUCUGGAAGGUUCUCCCUCGACCUCUCCGGCCCAAGGCUCCUCCUCUCCGCCGAUCCGAUCGUUGAUCUCUUGCUUAGAUCGGGGGCCAGCAAUUACCUAGAAUUCAGGAGCGUCAGCAUGAGUUUCAUGUAUUUGGACGGGAGGCUGUUGCCCGUGCCACACUCCCGCGAGGCUGUCUUCAAGGACCGCAGCCUUGGACUGACCGAGAAGACCCAUCUGAUGAGGUUCUUCAAGCUCGCUCGGGAGCAUUUCGGAUCGGAAGGGGAACGGAUUUCGGAAGAGGAUAUGGAGAGCCCGUUCAUUGAGUUCUUGGAGAAGCAGCGGUUGCCGCCAAAGAUAAAAGCGAUCAUUCUAUAUGUAAUAGCCAUGGCAGAUUAUGAUCAAGAAUGCCCUGAGCUUUCUAAGAAGCUAGUCAAGACAAAGGAUGGAAUGGAAAGUUUAGCUCUCCAUUCCUCUUCAGUUGGCAGGUUUUCUAAUGGACUAGGGGCAUAUAUUUAUCCCAUUUAUGGCCAAGGAGAACUGCCACAAGCAUUUUGCCGUUGUGCUGCUGUUAGAGGUGCCCUCUAUGUCCUAAGUAUGCCAGUGACAGCAUUACUUACAGACUCGGACUAUGGGCAUUAUAAAGGUGUUAGACUGGCAUCUGGUCAAGAUCUAUUUGGCCAUCAGCUAAUUGUGGAUCCAUCUUUUACAGCUUCACCACUGUUUUCUGGUAGCUUAGAUUUGCACCAUGAGAGUUUUGAAAGUUCAAAUAUGAUUGAGGUUAGACAUGGUUCAAGUCCAGGUUCAAAAGUUGCUCGGGGAGUAUGUAUAAUACGCAGUUCCAUACAGCCAGAUUUGUCUAACCUGAUGGUGGUUUUUCCUCCUAGAUCUUUGUACACCGAGCAGUUGACAUCAGUCCGAGCUCUCCAGUUAGGCAGCAAUGUGGCAAUUUGUCCUCCAGGCUUGUUUAUUCUUUACCUUUCAACUCUCUGUGACGAUGCUGCGCAAGGAAAAAAAUCUCUCCAUGCAGCCAUUAAUGCUCUUUUCCCACAUCCUGCUCCCAAAAACUUCGAAAGCAGCUCUCAAGCAGUAAAUGAAGUAGAAGCGGAUGCCAAUCCCAUUGUAUUGUGGAGUGCCAUGUAUGUUCAAGAGCUGACUGAGUCUUUGAUUGCAGCAUUGUAUGUUGGACACUCUCAGUUCUUGCUCCAUGCCAGAUGGGAACCUGGACUACAGAGAUCUUCUGGAGUCAACGAAGAAGUUGUUUCACAAAAUGUAUCCCCAAGAAGAAUUUUUCCCUGAGAAUUCGGCGUACAAAGAUACAGAAGAUGAUGUUGGUUCCUCCGACUGAUUAUCAGCCCUUGAGUAUGAAAUGUUAUAGAUAUAUAUUUUUAUUUUAUUUUAUAAUGAUGAUCUGAAUUCCAACUGAUUUAGACUCUAUUUUCCAUGUGAAAGAGUUCUGACAUCUCUCUUUCAGAUUUGGCAAGUUGGGCCUGGAGAACAGAAGAUGUCAGUAGAGAUGCUUCAAGCAUUUCAAGAUCGUCUUGUAAAUUGCGGUUUAAUAUUAUUUAUCUUAUUUGACCCCUGGGCACAUCAAGUACUAAUUGGCCUCAAAUGUAGAGGGGUGAUAACUGGCUUGCCGUUGUGGGAUAUCAUUUCUCAUUGUUCUUUUAUUGCUAUUGGAGCUGGACAUGCUGUUCUUUCACAAGCCCAUUGUGGGAGAUAAAAUGAAUUUUGUAUC